UACAUAUAUACUUGAUUUUUUUUCCCGCUCACAGCCCACAUGACUGCGCGCCGUUUUCCAUCCACCGCGUUGCCGGACGCCUUGUCGCUGCCGUCGCGGAUCUCAAGUAGGAAGCUCUGAAAGCGAGUAGACUGCCUGCUUUCAGUUCUAAAUGAAGUAACGUGGGGAAACGAGCUUCAGUUUGCGGAUUGAAAGCCGCUGAAGAUGGAGAGUGUUCAACGCUUGUUUGUGUUUGCCGUGAUCAUAGGUUGGGCGCUGACAGUGGUGGACGCGAAGAAGUACAAAAGGGCACAGGAUGAGCAGGACAACCCGACAGAUCAAGUUGUCAAGAACAAAUGCUGGCUGAAGCCCGACCACCGACGCUGCUCGGACUAUGUGCCACGCUGGUACUACGACACAACGUACUUGCUUUGCAAGCAGUACCUGUACGGUGGCUGCGGCGGAAGAGAUGCUAAUGCAUUUAAGACCCACGACGAGUGCAUGAGGUACUGCACGUUCGAGGUUCCCGAAGUAGGAGGACAUUCCGGUGGUCAAGGUGGCCGGCAGCGAGGCGCCAAUCGUGGCUGAGGCACGGACUUCAAGCUCGGGCUACAGCUUGUGUUUUAUGGUAGAUAUGUUAAGCUUUGUGCUGGUGCAUAUUAAAGAAUAAAUUCUGGCCCCGA